GGUCACGCCCGCCCCCGGCCGCGCCACCGCCCCUUCCUGUCAUGGCCGCGGCCGGGCUGUGGGAGCUCGGCGGGGCGGCGCGGGCCGGCGCCUUCAGCUGCUGACCGCCCCGCGGGCGGCGCGGAGCGGGAACGGCCCCAGCCCGGAGCCGGCGGCAGGAGAUACCAGGGAAGUACCUCUUGUCCACCACUUCCUUCAUUUAACUUCCCCUUGGGGUCAGCUGGUCGUCAGCAUGCCUUCAACCGAGAAUGCCUCAAGACUUUUCCUAGUCCUCGUGUCACUGCUGCUGGUGCUGCCAGUAGCUGAAGCCCUGGAUGCGGGAGACACCAUUGCCUUCCUCCUGGGCCUUGCUGUCAGUGUCGUCGGAUUCUGCGCCUGCCUUGGCUUGUAUGCAAGGAGAAGGAAUGGGCAGCAGUGACUUCAAGAAAAUGCUCAGAUGAAGUGAAUUUCCGAACACAAUUUGGGGUUGGGUGUAAGACUGAGCUUUGGUUCUGGAUAACUUUCAAAAAAUAUGUAGUAGAUAUUCCUGCAAACCCCUCUUACUGUUCAGUACAACAGAGUCAAGACUGUACGCAGUAAAAGGGAUUUGUACGAUCUGUCCUCAUUACAAAAAGAUAAUUUUAUAUUGUGAUUAAAUAUUGCCUUAGAUAAGGGUAAAAACUUUUUGAAUGGGGAAGUAAAACUAUAGAGUGGUUCACAGUAAAAGUUUAUAAAUUUAGCAUGUGAGGGAGGCCAUCAACAAAUUUGAUAAAUUUGGUUUCAAUGUUUAGUCAGGAGGAAGCAGCUAUUAAUCUUCCUAGUCUAGAUGACAAGAGUUUUGAAAUAAGCCCUAACUCGAUAGCAAGUGAGCAGACUGCUCUCACUUGUGUGCUCACAUUCACGUUCUCUGUAAUGACAGUUAACACCUAACAGCUCACUUCUGCUGUCACAUGGAUGAGACUUAAGAGAACUAGGAAGAAUGAAAGACCUUUUCUUUUAGAAUAUUUUUAUUUUUGUUUUAGAAUAUGUCAUUCCUGUAGCCUGUGUUCUUAUUACCAAGUAGAUACACCUAAGAAUGAGAUCACCAUUUUUACUUAACAUGUAUUUCACAUAAAAGUAUAUAUAAGGCUAAGUAAAUCAGAUUAGCGAUAUGGGCUUUGUCUCUUGUUUAUUUUUUGUACUCAUCUUAUUUCUAGGCACACCUGGUUUAAGGCUUAGUUAAUUCGGUGUUUGUACUUUUUUCUCCAAAAACUGAAGACUUAACUGUAUCGAUGAGGAAUUCUGUGUGUUUAUGCAUUAGAAGGUUAUUAGAAUUAUAACAAGAUCAUUGUGCAUAUGUUUCUUUUACAGUGUAGAAAGAAUCUGUUUAAAUCAUGGGUUUAGUCAAUUAGUCCAUUGUUCCUGAGUGUAUUCCUCAUGACAAACCUAUGUUGUUAGCUAAACAUUUAGGCUUCUCUCAUUUAGGCAUAUAACUUCCACAGAAGAUUAGGACCAAAACCAAAGUAAAAAAUCCUGGUGCAAAAUAGGAGAUGUAAACAGUCUUCCUCUAUUCAUGCUCAGUCAGAUUGCAUGGUAUAUGGUUGAAAGAAAGAAGUGUGUCUAGGACCUGUUUCUUUAAGUACCAAAGGUGAAAUGGCUUAGCCAAGAAUGUCUGCCACAAGUCUCUCUGACUUGUUGGGGUGUUCCAGCUUGAGCCAAGGAGCACAAUCUUUAACAGCCUCAGAAUAAGGAGCACAGGAAGGUGAGCUCUCAGAAUUUUCUUCUGAUCUUGUGCUGUGGACACUGCCAGUCUUGGCUAGAAAUCCUGGCUUUUACCUUUCAGAGUGAUGUAUUUUGAUACUGUUCUUCCACUUCCUCUGUGUCUCUGUUCAGUAGAGCACAAAGCAAUGGCUAUGGGCAGGUCUUAUGUAAGUAAUUGAGUGGGCAGAUCGUGUUCUCCAAAUCCUGAUUCCUGCGUGCCAUUUUUGGCAGAAAGGGACACAAUGCACAAUUACUGUGUACAAAGGAAAUUUACAGUCCUAAGAGGAGCUUCAGACAGAAAUACCACCUCUGAAAGCUGCCUAGCAGCAGUACAUGAUCCUGCAUGUAAUAAUUCAACUGAGUGGGUGCAAGCAUAGAUUGAAGUGUGAUCUUCGAUGUUCCAGCUUAGCUAAACAAAACAGACAAAAACAAACAAAAACCCACAAACACAGAAUUGCCACUCAAUUCACUUUAUAGUUCCCAAAAUUAAAAAUAUUUGCCUUUUUUUCAGUAAAAGAUAUUUUAACACAAGCAAAUUUUCACAGACUCCUUUAUCUACACCUUGGCAAUCCCUGGCAAUAUUUUCACAGAACUGGGCAGUUUCACUGCAGGGGAGCAAAAUUUUAACAGAGUUAAUUAUCUUCAGGCAGUAGGGACACAAGAAACUCUAUUAUUUGUCCAAAGCUGUAUGUACUUCAUUGAAAGAUGUUUGCACAGUAUAAUGGCUUUGUUUCCUGGGUUCUGAUAGAAGCUUUAUUGUUUAAGACUUGCAUUUCUCAAUUACUUGCAUGUAAAAUCAGAUACCCUUGUUUUUCUUCUGUCUUAAUAAAAUUUGACGUUUCAUUUGUCA